GCGGACGCCACACGGAAUCUGAUGUUUUGGAUAACUUAGAAUAGUUGUUUUCCCCAUCGUGCUCGACAUGGCUCAAGGAACAGAGGCGGAAUGCCAGCAGAGCUUUGAAGGCAAGCAGGAGUGCUCUAAAGAAGCUGCGUUUUCGCCUCCCAUCGUUGAGAUUGGAUUUAUCGAUGAAGACGAAGUGGUCAGCGACUUAUCCGAGGUAUCUGCCAUUGAGGAAGAUAAGUUGGAAAGGAAUCAGCCCGAGCUGCUGCCGAAACCCGACGAUGAUGCGCAAAACGAGACCGAAUGCCUCGAACAAGCGCAGGAAGAGAACAAUCAAACAUUAUUACCAUUCAACCACGUUCCUCCAGAUGAAGUGCCUAAUCAUCAGGUAGUUGAAUCAAUACAUUCCAAUCAAACUUUUGUGUCUGAAACUAACGAAGACUAUCAAACUGCCUUAGAAUCAUCAGAAAAUGGGAAGACUUCAGAUCAGCUUUACGAUCCAAGCCUUCUUAUCGUUACGUCCACUGAAAUUACAAACACUCUGUCCUUGGCAGAAUCCAUGCUGUCCCUUCAACUUUCUCUGGAAGACCGUUCUGCGCUCUCCACUUUCGAGAAACUGAGUAAAAAGAAGACCAAUGGUACCAUGGAUGUAGCAAAACUACCGGAAAAUGUACCCAAAAACCGUUAUAAAGAUGUUUUGCCAUACGACGAUUCUCGUGUUGUGUUGAAAGAUGACUCAGAUGGUGAUUACAUCAACGCUUCGUUCGUCCACAUGACAUUACCUCAUCCCAGGAAGCCCAAUGAAUACAUUGCCACUCAAGGACCUCUUCCACAAACAUGCUGCGACUUUUGGCAGAUGGUGUGGGAACAGAAGUGCGGCAUCGUAGUGAUGGUGACAACUUUGAAAGAAAGGAACCGAGUGAAAUGUCACCAGUAUUGGCCCGACCUGUACCAAACAGCAACCUACAACAAAAUACAAGUCACGUGUUUCAGCGAAACCACAUCCAGUACUGGGAUAACGAGAGACUUUCUGCUCAACAAUCAACAGGCAAAUGAAGAACGUCAUGUGAUACAAUUGCAGUACAUCAAUUGGCCCGAUCACGGGGUGCCAGAAGAUUCAUCCGAUUUCUUGGAAUUUGUCCAACAGCUGAGGGACCUACGACGAGAUGUCGGUGGAUUUGUUGUUGUUCAUUGCAGCGCUGGUGUCGGCAGAACUGGUGUUCUAAUCCUAAUGGAAACAGCCAUGGGGUACAUGGAUGCAGAUGAGCCCAUCUAUCCCUUAGAGCUUGUCAAGUCCAUGCGAGACCAGCGAGUGAUGAUGGUACAAACUAUGGUCCAAUACAAGUUUAUCUGUGAAGCCCUCCUAAAAACAUAUAAUGAUAGAUGCAAAAGCAUUGAAAUAGAUGAUUAGCUCGAACACUUAGUGAUGUGCCCAAGUCUUUCGGAUGUGAUGUGAAGUGCCCCCCAAACAACUGUAUUCCACUGGAACCUAAGAUAUUCUUUGCAUGACGCAUUUGGAAAUUAAUUUUUACUCCUAUGUGAAAGGGAAGUCAAACUACUGCGUCGUGUAUACUUUGUAAAAAAUAUACAAGUUGUUGUACUCUUCAUAUUCUUAAAGUUAUUUAUACAGUGAGUCUAAAAGUAACUUGUUUAACCUCUUGAGAAUAGAAAUAAAAUUGCAAUAUUUUGAUAUAUAAUGUUUAAAAAAAAUUAUUUAUUUUUGUUAUUGCGUCAGUCUGACACCAAAGAUCCUAAAAUGUUUCAAAUUAAUUUUAACACUUCUCAAAGAGCAAUUCAAUUCACACAAAGACUCCAAGCAAAAAUGUUUUUUAAUUUUCAACAAUUCAUAUGCAUUAUCGUGACUUGAAAUUGCUCGAUAGUAAGCCUAUAAUUACAAACAGCAAAGUUUCAAUCAAAUUAACAACUUUAAUUUGAAGUCAACAGUAUCGAAAUGACCUUGCAUUGAGGACAUCUGAUCUCAAGAGGUUAGACAAGGUAAAUUUUUAAUAAAAUCCUAAACAUGAUUUUAAGAGACUUUUCCAUUCAAGGUUUUAUAUUCAGAUAUACCUAAAAGGAACCAAAUUGUCUGCAUAAUGUAUUUAACUUAUGUGCAAUUGAAUUGUUUUUAUGAAAAAGCUAAAAAUGUUUAAAGUCGAACAAUUAUUUGUAUCUUUUUCUGUGUCUUUAUAUCGACUCUUUGAAGCUGGUUUUUCAAAAAGUGAUUUUCUAUGCCAUGAUCUGAAGGUACUAUGUUUAAGGUGAAGACAUUUUUACAAAAAAUGAUAUACUACUGUUGCUACUGAAGAAUUGAUACGUAUCCUUUUACCUG